AUGCAUAUGAAGGAUAAACGUGUAAAUUAUGCUGAUCAAUCAGUCAUAUUUCCUGACCAAUUUAUUGCUAUAUAUGAAGUUGCAAUUCCUGAAAUAUUUGCAAAAAAAAAAUUAACUUAUCCAGCAUUAGUUAUAUUAUAUAAUGUUCAUCAAUUACGACAAUUAACUCUUAAUGGACCAGAUAUGCAUUCUGAAUCAUAUUUUGUUGAACUUGAUAAUGGUACAAUUCGUCGUUUAUUAUCAAAUAAUUUAUCUUAA